UCCAAGCACUUGCUUGAUCUCGCUUGCUCACACCAUCGACUUGCUUCACUCAUCACAAAAGCCACAGCAGAUCAGCUCGACCUUUGGAUUCAAAGCAAAAAAAAAAAACGGGCGAUCGAAAAGCGAAGCAGAUCCAAAGCCAAUCAUGUCGCAACCUCUCUCUGUUCAUUCGAAGUCCAAUGGCAAAUCGCUCUACAAAGACGUACCUCGUCGUUCUUCGCUUCCCCUGCACACAAAGACUCUCCUCCUCUCCCUCGAUGCCGCUCAACGCAUCUUAUGCGCCAGCGCAGGCUUCCUCUCUUGCUCUCUGGUCGCUGCACCGCUUGUAAUCUUGCUGUGCCUUGCUCCUAGAUGCAAAGCGAGGGACUGGAUAGUCUGCGAGUUCACACAAGUGAGCUGGGAUUUCAUGGAUCAGAUCGAAAUUUUCGAGGAGCACGAUUUCAGUCGCAUGUUUCUACAAUGGAUCUGCCGCAGUGCAGCAGCUCCUUCUUUCCUACAGAGAUGCGUCCUAGGCGCGGGACUUUGCCCGACGUUCGCAAGCAGACUGCCGGUGGCUGAAGAGCAUGACGAGCAUCUCCUUUCGAGCUGCAACGAACAGCAAGAGCAAUCGUUGAGAGUUGCGAGCAUCGAAAAAGACGCGAAUUUGCUGAUUGUUGAAGAAGGAGAAGAGGAGGAGGAGGAAGAGCAGCAGCACAAGCGUGGAGAAAUUGCGCCUGCGCUCCACUCGAAUUUCACUAUGGAUUGUAGCAGGGACCGAAUUUCUUCGCGUGAGCCAAGAAGGACGCCUACGGUGGUGCAUGACAUUGGAGAUAGCAGAGAGGGCAGAAGCACGUCGUGCAGCCGUGCGGAGCGCCGUGCUCCCCGUCCCCACUCUCUUGUCAAGAACGACUCGGGCUUUGCGCUGGAGGUCGAUUCGCCCUGCGCCAAGGCUGUGUCGUAGAACGUGCGCGCGUGGGACUCUCGGUGGAAG